AUGUAUGAAGACACAGUAGGCUGCAACUUUGAUCCAAACUCCAUGCUAGAAUAUGCAGAAACUGUGCUCAACGUCAACCCUCUACCCCCGCCACCACAAGUUCUCAUGCCUUCUCCUUCAGAGACCCGCAAAAACAACAACUUUGCUGUUGCACAAAACUUGAGACUCUCCAUUGAAGAGAUCUCCUACCCUCGUCAACAAGAUCAUCAUGCUGCCAUGGAAAUUGAGCUCCAAAAUGAACUUGGGUUCAAUCCAUACAGCACCAAUACUGACCAGAACAACAAUAGCAGCUAUUUGCUUUCCUUUGAGCAACAAACCAAUUGGGACACUGCCGGAGGAGUGGACGCACCGUCAAGGACAGUGUCUUCAGUUUUCUAUGACCCACUUUUGCAUUUUAACCUGCCUCCGCAGGCACCAUUUCACAGGGAAUUGUAUCAGUCUUUGUUUAGUAGUGGUGGGGAUGAGAGAGAGGGGAUUGGAGGAGUGGUUUACUCAGAUGGGAUUAAUAAUGGGAGGCAAUUUGAGAAUGGGGUGUUGGAGUUCUCCAGAGAAAUGGGUUCUAUUGGAAGAGGAAGAGAAGUCGAAGGGACCAAAGACUUUGCCACUGAGAAGCAGAGGAGAGUCCAGUUGAAUGGCAAGUACAGUGCCUUGAGGGAUUUGGUUCCAAACCCAACAAAGGAGCUUCUGUGGUUAGUGGAAGAGCUGAAAAUAUUGCUGGUGGAGAAGAAAAGGUGUGGGAGAGAGAGGCACCAGACUGAACAAGAUGGUGGUGCUGGCGAUGUUAGUAUCAAGCUGGUUCAGACGAAGAAGUUCAAUUCGUUGCUGUAUGUGUCAAAGCUUCUUGAUGAGCUGCAGCUUGAUCUCUACCACGCUGAAGGUGGACACAUUGGCAAUUCCUACAGCUUCUUGUUCAACACCAAGAUGCAUGAAGGGUCUUUUUUGUAUGCAAAAGCUAUAGAUGACAAGCUCAUUGAGGUUCUGGACGGACAAUAUGCAGCAGUUCCACCUACCAGUAGUUAUUAG